AUGACUUAUGUUGCUUAUGUCGACAAGGGGCAUCUUCUCAUGUGCGGCAAAGAUGGCCACCUCUACAACGUGGAGGGAGGAACCUGCCACAACUCUGCGUCUGUCUCCAGCUCCCUUGGUUGCGCAGUCCCCCUGGGCCAUUGCAAAGGUUCUGCGUAUCACUUCGCUGUUGCCGCCAGCGAUGGCAGCUUCAUGCUGGGCCGCACGGAGCAGGAGGAGGCCGUUCGGGGUAAGAAGCAGAAGCUGGGGCACAGGCCUUGCGUCAUCGUCCGCUUUAAUCUGGGGGAGGUUCCUGCGGAGCCGAACCAGGUUUGGCCGAAAGAUCUGCGUCCCCACUGGAAGAGUUUGCAAGUAAAUGAGCAAGGUCUCUGCAUAGCCGCCUCCGCCGGCCAUGUGCUAGUUCUUUUGGACCUGGGCCUUCGAGCAGGAUCCAGCCGUCGGCUGCUUCGUGUCUUGCAGGUGGGUCACAAGGUUGAAGCUUUUGCGCUGGCACCACACCCGAAGAUUCUAGAGCUCUGCGCCACCGGCGACGAGCGGGGUGUGAUUCACUUCUGGGACUUGGAGGCCAAGAAGCCCCUCCUCCACAAGAUGUACCGGUCGGACCUCGCCGUCCGAAGCCUUGCCUUCUCCCCUGAAGGCGACAUGCUGGCUUUGGGGCAGUCAACUGGUCUCCUGAAGCUCUUGGACUUCCCCUCGCUUGAAGGCAUCUUCCACCGCCGGCUUUCGCGUCCGGGGAAGGAUGGGGAAGUGCUAUCUUGGAUCGCCUUCUCGAACUAUGCUGACAGCGCAAAAUCGCGCUACCUCGCAUGCGCCAGUUGGGAUCAGAACGUUUACCUUCUCCGCAUCUUCUGGAAGCAGAAGAAAGAGGUCAGACAGACUCCGCAGUGGCAUCAGGAAGUCGUCUUCAAGGGCGCGCUGUCGGGCAACUCGUCCUCACCCACGCACGUGAUGUUCACCGACGACGCCCAGUUUGUUGUGUCGACCUCGAAGGAUCUGAAUGUCCUAGUAUGGAAGACGGGAACUGGAGAGCGCAUCAGCAAAAUGUCAUCGCUUCGAGAUUCCCAGUUCUCCUGCUGGCGGUUACCUUUGGGAUUCCCGGUGGCCGGAGUUUGGAGACAGGAAUAUGCCCAGUCCGACGUAAAUGCCGUCUGCCAGAGCCAUGCAUCAGGUCCUGGCCCCGCUGCUGGAGAGGUCAUAGCAGUCGGGGAUGACCAGGGCGCCGUUUGGCUGUACCGCCCGGCUGGCACUUUCAGGGGGAUGGGUGGGAAGGGAGGAUCUUGA